AGGAUGCACAGCGGCAGAGGAGCUGUCAAUCAUCCCAGGAAAGGUGCCUAGACCCGGAGAAGCACGCCGGGCUCUUCUGAUCACUGGGGUGCGGCUGCUCUUCAGCCAUCCAGGAGCAAAGGUGUGUGGCCAGUGGCUAAGGGUGUGAUCACCUUGAUAAAAGACAGAGGUGGGGGUCCAAGAGAGGGUAAGGACUCCAUUCCCCAAAGCUGGAGACAACAUGACUGUGGUCUCAGGAGAGAACGUGGAGGAGACCCUGGUGUCUCUCAGCGCCCUGGGGCAAGAGGGCUAUGACCCUGAGAGGGCCACUCAGGACUGCUGCGAGAGGGUGGUCAUCAAUAUCUCAGGGCUGCGCUUUGAGACCCAGCUCAGGACUCUUGCUCAGUUCCCCCAAACCCUGCUGGGGGACCCCAGGAAAAGGAUGCGCUUCUUCGACCCCCUACGGAACGAGUACUUCUUCGACCGCAACCGCCCAUGCUUUGACGCCAUAUUAUAUUAUUACCAGUCUGGGGGCCGGCUCCGCAGACCUGUCAACGUACCCGUGGACAUUUUCCUGGAGGAGAUCAAGUUCUACGAGCUUGGAGAGCAGGUCAUUGAGAUGUUUCGAGAUGAUGAAGGGUUCAUUAAAGAAGAGGAGAGACCCCUGCCUGAAAAUGACUUUCAGAAGCAGGUCUGGCUGCUUUUUGAGUAUCCUGAAAGUUCGGGACCUGCAAGGGGUAUUGCCAUUGUCUCUGUACUAAUCAUUCUGAUAUCUAUAGUUAUAUUCUGCUUGGAGACACUUCCUGAGUUCAGGGACGAGACAAAACACUCAAGUGAGCACCUGAUGUCCAAUGGAACCCAGUCCACAAAAGACAGCCCUUUCACUGACCCUUUCUUUCUUAUUGAGACCCUUUGCAUCAUCUGGUUUUCAUUUGAGCUUUUAGUCAGGUUCUUUGCCUGUCCGAGCAAGCCUGCUUUUUUCAAGAACAUGAUGAAUGUUAUUGAUAUUGUAGCUAUUAUCCCUUAUUUCAUUACUUUGGGCACAGAGCUGGCAGAACAGCAAGGUAGCAACGGGCAACAAGCCAUGUCCUUGGCUAUAUUGAGGGUAAUCCGCCUGGUGAGGGUCUUCAGGAUCUUCAAGCUCUCCAGGCAUUCCAAAGGGCUCCAAAUCUUGGGCAAAACUCUGCAGGCCAGUAUGAGGGAAUUGGGUCUUCUUAUAUUCUUUCUCUUCAUUGGAGUCAUUCUGUUCUCCAGCGCUGUAUACUUUGCAGAGACUGAUGACCCAGAUUCUCUCUUCACCAGCAUCCCAGAUGCCUUCUGGUGGGCUGUGGUCUCCAUGACCACAGUGGGCUACGGUGACAUGUAUCCACUGACCAUUGGUGGCAAGAUAGUAGGUUCUCUGUGUGCCAUAGCUGGGGUGCUAACCAUCGCCCUUCCAGUCCCAGUCAUCGUCUCCAAUUUUAACUACUUUUACCACAGGGAGAACGACCAUGAAGAACAGUCUCAGUACACCCAUGUCACCUGUGGACAGCAGCCUUCUUCUUUUGGAGAUCUAAAAAAGAGUGAAAGCAAACAGUCCUUUAACAAAUCAGAUUACAUGGAGUCAGAAGACCUGGAGGACGCAAGGUUUUCUCACUUUACCACCAACCAACACUAUGCUGAGCAAAAAAAGUUAACUGAGGUAUGACCUCUUUGGUAAGUUCCUCAAACUGUUUAUCAAAGCUAAAAGGUCUUGGUGUUAAUGACCUCAUUAAUAGUGCUGGCCAUGUAGAAGAGGGUCAUCAAACCACUGAGGAUAGUUAAGUAUAUACAGUAGAGGAACCUAUAGAAGGUCCUAGCUGUGAGGUUGUCUUAGAUUUACUAGUGUUCAACCAACCAUGAAGAUCGCUGGGUUGUAAUAAAAAAAAAAGUCGGUACAUCAUCUAUGGCUCUGCACGUAGUGAAGGUGACUUUGCAACCUAGUGCAAACAAUUACUUCCAAGCAAAUAACCCCUUUGCGUGGUCUGUAAGUGGCUUUUUGUGAGGAUGAUUUUUCCAACAAUGUGUUUGCAUCAGUGUUUCCCAAGGAUUAUUACACCACGCAGUAGCUGGGAGAUGCCAUCCUGUAGGAAUCACACACUAGCACAUUAUUAACAUGGCAUAAGCUGCUACGGAUAGAUUUUUGCAACAGUGCCAUUCAAUGACAAGAACUCAAUAACACAGUGUUCUUUGGGGACUUAGAGGAGACACAAGGGCUGCAGAAGACCAGCUGUUGUGGAGCGGUGACAAAAAGUUAAGAAUGCAUUUCCUAUUUUAUUUUUUUUAUUUUAUU